GCGCGGGAGCGCUUCAAGGUGGUCUUCGCGCCCCUCAUUUGCAAGCGGACGUGCCAGAAGGGGCAGUGCCGCGACAGCUGCAAGCCCGGCAGCAACAUGACGCUCAUCGGCGAGAACGGGCACUCCAUGGACACGCUCACGGGCUCCGGCUUCCGCGUGGUGGUUUGCCCGCUGCCCUGCAUGAACGGCGGGCAGUGCACGUCCGGGAACCACUGCCUGUGUCCGCCGGAGUUCACCGGGCGCUUCUGCCAGAUGCCGGCCGGGCGCCACGGCCUCGCCCAGCAGGCGCGGGGCCCGGGCGAGGAGCUGCCCGUGGAGACGGGCUCCACCAAGCACGCCAUCUACGCGGUCCAGCUCAUCUCGGACGGCCACGGCGACGCGCCCUCCGGGCCCGGCUCCAAAGGCACCGUCAGCCACUCCACCUUCGUGGUGCCCCUCGGGCCGGGACAGCACUCCUCCGAAGUUCAGGUGCACCAGCCGCUGGUCAACGUGCGGGUGCAUCACCCGCCCGACGCCUCCGUGCAGGUGCACCGGAUAGACAGCCUCAGCUCCGAGGGGGGCGGGCCGGGCAGCCAGCAGCACCUGAUUCCGCACCCGGCCCCCAAGCCGGCCUUCACCAGGCCCCCCACCCAGAAGCCGCUGGGGCGCUGCUUCCAGGAGACGAUGCCCAAGCAGUCGUGUGGAAGCAACCCCCUUCCAGGCCUCACCAAGCAGGAAGACUGCUGCGGCAGCAUCGGCACCUCCUGGGGGCAGAACAAGUGCCACAAAUGCCCCCACCUACAGUACUUGGGGGUGCAGAAAACGCACGGGAUCGACUGUCCACAGGGCUACAAGCGACUGAACAGCAGCCAUUGCCAGGAUAUCAACGAGUGCACCAUGCAGGGCGUGUGCCAGGGAGGCGAGUGCCUGAACACACAAGGAAGCUUCCGCUGCGCAUGCAAACCGGGACACGUCUUGGGUCCGGGACGAAGCCACUGUGUGCCGGAGAAGGCUGGGGAGAAGAGCUUGUGUUUCCGGCUGGUGAGCCCCGAACACCAAUGCCAGCACCCGCUGCCCACCAAACUCACCCGCCAGACCUGCUGUUGCAGCGUGGGGAAGGCCUGGGGGGCCCGUUGCGAGCGCUGCCCCGCCGACGGAACCGCUUCUUUCCGCGAGAUCUGCCCUGCGGGAAAAGGGUAUCACAUCCUGACCUCCCACCAGACUCUGACUAUCCAGGGAGAGAGCGAAUUCACGCUGCAGAUCCACCCGGACGGAACGACCGACUUCCAGCAGCAGCAGCAGCAGCAGCAGCAGCAGCAGCAGCAGCAGCAGCCGCCGCCGAAAGUGGAGUUACCCACCCGUCUGCCUCCGGGCAGCGAUUCCCAGGAGACGUACACCGUCACGCCGCCUGUGCCCCCCAGCCACGUGACGAAUUCAGAAGAGCAGCAGGUCCUCUUUGUCAACACGCCCACCUUCCGGCCCCGAUACCCUGCGGUGGUCCCCAAGCCCACAACUGCAAUCCUGGUUAAAUAUCCUCCGGAGGACAAGGGGGUCAACGAAUUCUUUAUAUCUCCUACACAGGUAACAGUAGAUACGGACACCUGCAGGGUAAACCGCAACUUUUGUGGGCACGGGGAGUGCAUCCCAGCAACCACAGGGUUCACCUGCCACUGUAACCAAGGAUACCGGAGGCACCCGCAGCUCGAAUAUUGUGUGGACGUGGACGAGUGCGAUCUGGACCCCUGCGGCAGCGGGAAAGGCGUGUGCAUGAACACCGGCGGCUCCUACAACUGCCACUGCCACCGCGGGUACCAGCUCAAAGUGCUCAAGGGAGUGCGCUCCUGCGUGGAUGUUGACGAGUGUGCCAAGCCCAACAUCUGUGGGGACGGCGGAUCUUGCAUCAAUUUCCCGGGACACUACAAGUGCGAGUGUCGUCCAGGCUACCGGCUCAAGACGCCUUCGCGGCAGCCCCUCUGUGAAGAUAUCGAUGAAUGCCUUGACCCCGGGACUUGCCCAGAUGGGCGGUGUGAGAACAGACCCGGCAGCUACAAGUGCUCCCCCUGCCAGCCGGGCUUCCGGGGCCAAAGCGGCUUGUGUUACGAUGUGGACGAGUGUGCCGAGGAGGUCGCCUGCAAGCACGGCUGGUGCGAGAACACGGCCGGCUCGUUCCGCUGCUCCUGCGGGGACGGCUUCACCCCCGCGUCCGAUGCCCGCAGCUGCCUUGAUGUAAAUGAGUGUGAAGACGGACCCCUGUGUGCCCACGGGGUGUGUGUGAACACGCUGGGGUCCUUUAAGUGCCAGUGCCCCGCAGGCUUCCAGGCAGUGAAGGACGGCCCGCGCUGUGAAGACGUGAACGAGUGCGACUUCCCGGCCGCCUGCGUGGGAGGCAAGUGCUCCAACACCGUGGGCUCCUACCAGUGCCUUUGCCAGCCGGGCUACCAGUUGGAGGGGGGCCGGAAGUGCCGCGACAUCAACGAGUGUGCGAAAGACCCUGACCUUUGCCAGCCCCACGGGACGUGCGAGAACACGGACGGCUCCUUCGUGUGCUUGUGCAAGGAGGGCUACGGGCCGUCGGAGGACCGGAAGAGCUGUGAGGAGCUGCCGCACAACAAGAAGGAGUGCUACCUGAACUUCGACGACUCCGUCUUCUGCGACAGCAUCCUUGCCACCAACGUCACCCACCGGGAGUGCUGCUGCUCGCUCGGCGCCGGCUGGGGCGACCAGUGCGAGAUCUACCCGUGCCCCAUCCUCAACUCCAUCGAGUUCCACACUCUCUGCCCGGACGGCAAGGGAUUCAUUCUGGACGAAACUUUCCUGAACUACGGGGUCCCAGCUCACCGGGACAUAGAUGAAUGCGCCUUAUUUGGGGCAGAGAUUUGCAAGGAAGGGAAGUGUGUGAACACGCAACCGGGCUACGAAUGCUACUGCAAGCAAGGCUUCUACUACGACGGGAACCUCCUGGAGUGCGUUGAUGUGGACGAGUGUCUGGACGAGUCGAACUGUGUGAAUGGGCGCUGCGAGAACACCCGGGGCAGCUUCCGCUGCUCCUGUCCGGCUUCCACCAUGUACGACCCAGCUCAGAAGAAGUGCGUGGCGCAGGCAAAGAUCGAUGUGGACGAGUGCCAGGACCCCGGGGUGUGCAGGCUCGGCCGGUGCACGAACACCGUCGGCUCCUUCACCUGCGAGUGCCACCCGCCCCUGACGCUGGGCCCCAGCGGCAAGGAGUGCCAGCUGCCCGAGGCGCAGGCAGACCGGGUGAGCGACCCGCGCGACGUCUGCUGGCAGCUGCGAGGGGAGGACGGGAUGUGUUCGUCUCCGUUCGGCGGCCAGCAGCUCAGCUACGAGGAGUGCUGCUGCCACCACGGCCAGGGCUGGGGGUACCUGUGCGCCGCCUGCCCUCCGCGUGGCCCAGGCCUGAACUGCCAGUCCACCCCCAGCGAGAGCAACUCCUUCUGGGACUUCAGCGCCUUGUUCGGCAAGAUGCCCCGAGAGGCAGACAGCUCCGAGGAGGAUUCCGACGAAUGCCGCUGCCUGAAUGGCCGCUGUGUCCGCACCCAGCAAGGCUCCAUCUGCGAGUGCCCUCUGGGCUUCCACCUGGAUGCAACCCACACCCGCUGCUUAGACAUCGACGAAUGCCGGGAGCUGAACCAGCGAGGCCUGCUGUGCAAGACGGAGCGCUGCGUGAACACCAGCGGCUCGUACCGCUGCACGUGCAAGUCGGGGUACGUGCGCUCCCGGCCUCACGGGAUCUGCAUUCCCCAGCGUCAGCAGUAGGCCGGCCGGGCACGGAUGCAGGGGGGCAGGUGGCCGCGGACCGAUUCCCUUCCCCCUGCGCUGGCCCCGGCGAGCCCCCCGGGGUGAUCGCUGUUGGCAACUGGAUUCUAAGAGGAACUUCCAGCAAAGCAGUUCUUACGUUCUUUAAGGACUUCUUAAUAUGUUUUUGUACCAGCUAUGAUGAAGGGGCAUUGAUACUUGUUAUAGGUUCCCUACCAAUCCUUGUUUAUUGCUCCCUAACGCACCAGAUGUUUAUCGUUAGGGUUAAAAAAAAACAACCCUGCAUUUGGUUUGCACUUGUUUCUGUAGGGUUCAGAAAUAAAACUCAUUUUUGUACAUAAUAGAUGCUGGUGAAAACUCCAAAGUGAAUCAGCUAAUUAAAAAAGAAGGAAAAUCUG